CAGACAGCGGGAGCGGGGGACACGACGAGUUCCCAGACACUCAGUUUCUCACUUCAGACUGCUAUUGGACGGGCUGCGUUACGACGAUAUCGUUUGGCAGCCAUACUCCGACGACGUUCUCCAGUCCAUCCCACAGAUCUACCUGACAGGGCGACAUAUUUGGCGUGCCCGAGUGCCAAUGAUCUACUAUCACACCGUCGAGUGACACCAGCCGGAUAGGGUUCUGCAGCAGUUCGGCUUACAGCAGCCCAUUCCCCUACCUGCUAUGCAAGAUCGGCGCCUUCAUACCAUUCAGUAUCAGGGGAACUACAACUUCGAUGAACUGCUCUCAGAUUACAUUCAGAUUUGGAACAACAGAGCGGCUUACGUUGUUCAGGGUUACCAGCUCCAGCGUCCACCUCACUACCAUUCAGCGUAUAUGGAGUGGUUUCGGAGCCGCAGCCGGCGUUGGAUUACCCAUGAGGGCGCAGCAGCCGGACAGAGUCGCGACACUUUCGAGAUGAUCGCCCUUCAGAGAGAGGCGCGUGCGUCUAGGAUUGGGACUGCUGCACGCAGUUCUCAAUUAGCUUAUGGAGAGGAGCGCCGUGACGUCACACUGCCCCCACCAGAGCCAGCAGUUCCGGCUUACGUACUACCUCCUCUUCCUCCCCUGACCAUCGAUCUGGCUCACAUCAGGGGAGCGCGUAGACGGCAGCCUAGAGCCGCCCAGCCUCGCGAGCGCCCGGCAGACCCUAUCCCCCCACCGGUCUACUACCACUUCGAUCCUACAGCCACUACAGACAGACGGGGGGAGUACUAUGGCCCGACUUAGUACUACGGUUCCACUUCCACUUCAGCAUCACAGCCUCCGUGGCAUCAGACCUCUUUCCCACAAGUUUCAUGUCAUUUAUUAAUUAUUUUAUUGCUUUUUUAACUCGUAGUUAAAUAUAUAAUUUAAAUGUUGAGUUUUUAAUUUUGUAUUUCAGGGACCCCAGGUAUCAUCGUAUCAGGUCCCGCCUUCGUCGAUGCCGUUUUUUCAGCCGUCGUACGGACAGACAGCACAUACGACUCCUCUGGGCACGCCGCCGUCUCAGUUCCACCAAGGCACACCACCGGCGUCUCAGUUCCAGCAGGCCACACCACCGGCGUCUCAGUUCCUGCAGGCCACACCACCGGUGUCUCCGUUUCAACAGACCACACCACCGCCGUUUGCUGCAUCAGAUCAGUAUUACCGUCCAGCGCCAUAUACAGAUGCUCAACCGUUUACGUCUUUCGAUCAGUGUUACCGUCCCACGAUGCCUUCGGAUGAUCAGCCGUCGACGUCACAUUCGCGGCCAUCUUCUUCUCACCAGGCUCAGGAUCCAUCACAGCUACAUUUUACACUGUCAGAAUCAUGGUUAUUCGGUCCGGAGAUCGGUUCAGAGGCGUACAAGGAGCUUUUAUCACGACCGGAUCUCACACCUCCAUCUUUUAGACUCCUACCGCCCACACAGGAGGAGACCGGUACUGCACCACCAGCAGCAGACGUUGAGCAUUCAGUUCAGGACGAGGACGCCCACGACAGCGGCGAGAGCCCUCCGGUACCCAGACAGUUUCACUCGAUUACAGACAGCUCGCGGCACCGUCGAGAGACUCACGGUUUAAGGAUACAGAGACCGAGGACUCGUAGAUAUGAGGAUUAGAUUUCAUAUUUUUGUUCAUUUAUUGAUUUUUGUAUUUUAGUAUAUGUUGUAUGUUUACUAUA